AUGUCCCAAAUCUCAAAUAUUGAUAGGGCAGAUCGAGAACGUUUUUUUGCCCGAGUCACUACACGGCGAUUGCGGGAAGCGCGCACGUUCUCUCCUGUGCGGCAGGCAGCGCAUGGCACCACCGAUUUUCAGGACUUUCGGAUCGCCAUUCGUGCGGCUCAACCGUCAAACGAAGGGGAACACCGGCACGGCAGCACCUCCGUCAAUAUAUUAGUAGAACCGAGUCGCUUCGUACCGCUUUCCAUCAUGGCGGUUGCCUCGCCGCGGUUCUCAUGCUCGUACGCGUCGUGGUGCGCUGUGCUCUAUCUGCUGCUGCUCUCGUUGUCCUCGACGGCGACGGCUCAACCGGCGAAGGCGGAGUAUCUUGCGGAGCUCAACACGCUCGUUUCAAGGUUCAAUAUGCAAGGUUGUAGCAUCAUAGCGCAAGGCGUAUCGGCCUUCAUUGGGCAAGUCGAGCAAGUCCCAGACGCCUCUUUUUCCGCAGGCUACCAGGAGUUGACCUUCCUCGGACCGUCCGACUAUGCUUUUGCAAAAGCAGUUUUUCGGCCACGGGUCUCGGCCGUUGACCGCACAGAGCUUGUGAAGUACCACACCCUAUCAGGGCUCUACAGCUUUGCGCAGCUUAAAGCCCUGCCCAACCGCAGCAAGAUACCCACUGCACUGGGGAAGAGCAUAGUGAAGCACAGCGUGCGGGCCAGCCGGUUCUGGAAUCCGGGAACGAGUGUGGCGGUGAGCAGUACGGGCGCGCAGCAGCUGUUUUGGGCGCAGGUGGACACAAAGAAGCUGUUCAACGGGCAGUAUGUGAAGGGGCAUGUCAUCGACUGCGUUCUCCACUGGCGCUUGCACAUCCUCUGCCUGCUGAUGCUCUCGUUGUCCGCGACGGCGUGGGCUCAGAUAGGAACGGUUUCGCCGACCAAGGCGGCGUAUCUCGCGGAGCUCAACACGCUCGCUUCAAGGCUCAAGAAGCAAGGCUGUAGCGUCAUGGCGAAUACCGUGUCGAGCUUCGCUAGUGAAGUCGCGAAACUCACUGACGCUAGCUUCUCUGCAGGCUACAAGGAACUCACCUUCCUCGCUCCUUCCGACUUUGCUUUCACAAAAGCAACCUUUAGGCCGCGUGUCUCUGCUGUCAGUCACACGGAGAUUGUGAAGUAUCAUACUCUAUCAGGGUUCUACAGCUUUGCGCAGCUUAAAGCCCUGCCCAACCGCAGCAAGAUACCCACUGCACUGGGGAAGAGCAUAGUGAAGCACAGCGUGCGGGCCAGCCGGUUCUGGAAUCCGGGAACGAGUGUGGCGGUGAGCAGUCCGGGCGCGCAGCAGCUGUUUUGGGCGCAGGUGGACACCAAGAAGCUGUUCAACGGGCAGUAUGUGAAGGGGCAUGUCAUCGACUGCGUUCUCGUUCCCAACUGA